AGGGCAUGGAGGUGAGGGAGAGCGGGGGGCAGAUGGCUCCCGGUGGCGGGGAUGCCGGGCAGCAGCAGCAGCCACCGCAGCCACCACAGCAGCCACAGCAGGAGGAGCAGCCACAGCAGCAGGAGCAGCAGGCGGCUGUGAGCGCAGCUAUGAAGGAGGGUGAUGGCGGUGGCGAUGAACCUGCUGACGGCCGUGCGGGUGGUGGUGGGUGUGUGGUGGCUGCCGCGGUGGCGGCGCUGCGGGGUCUGCCGGAGCUGCGAGUGCUGUACUGCAGCAACACGCCGCUGCAGCGGGUCCCCAACCUGCGGCGGCUGCUGGUGUGCUCGCUGCCCCGGCUGAGCUACCUGGACGAGGCGCCGGUGGAGGAGUGCGACAGGCGGGGUUGCGAGGCGUGGAGCAGGGGAGGUGUUGCCGCCGAGCGCUCCGCCCGCCUCGCCUACCGAGCCCAGCAGCGAGCAGCCGCCAAAGGCCGCACUGCCGCAUUCGCAGCGGAGCGAGCGGCACGACGGCGGGGGGGGGCGGCGGCGACGGCUGGCGGCGGCGGUGGCGGUGGCGGCAUGUACGGCACCACCACGCUGGCGGCGGAGGAGGUGC